GUGUCCAAACAGGAAACAAUUUUAAUCUCUGCACUUAUCGAAUCAAAUGACAUUCAGAGCAUCAGAGAUGCAGGAGUCGUCUACGGACUUCGUGUUCGGUCCAGUUCUGCAUCAUACCUACUCUCGCAUAACAAUUCCCAAUAUGAGAAGAUGGGAUGUUCUAUUUGUAGUGAUUGCGAUCGGGUUAGGAUUUGGGACUGUUGAGUCAGGAUUCACCACCACAAAAAUAGGUCCGCAGCCAAUCUGGAAUUCCACGUACACUGACAAGUUGAGGCACGACCUUUUAUUGAACUAUGACAAGUUUUCCAGACCCGCUCAACACUACAAUAAAACGACGGUCCAGUUCGGGAUGAGCAUCAGACAUAUCGACAUGAACGAAUUCAAAUCCACCCUGACGGUACACUGUUGGCUCAGAUUGGUGUGGACUGACGAAAAAUUGAAAUGGGAUCCCGAAGAUUAUGGGAAUUUGACCCUACUCAAUUUGGCAGAACAUGAAAUUUGGCAGCCUGAUGUUUACUUGUAUAACAGUGCUACCUCAACAGCUAUCAACCACUAUGGAAACACCCACUGCCUCCUUUAUUCGGACGGUGAAGUACUGUGGGUACCGCCCGCGCAAUUUACGGUACUCUGUAGCCUGAAUUUGAAAUAUUGGCCCUUCGAUGACCAGGAAUGCUACUUGAAGUUCGGCUCAUGGACCUACAGCGGAGACCAGAUAGACCUAAAUAAUUAUAACAACAAAACCGAUGUCGACGUGGAACUGGUAAUAAACAACACGGAGUGGUUAAUUACAAAGGCAUUUCAGAAAAAACAAGAUGUUUUUUAUCCAUGUUGCACAGAACCUUAUCCUGAUAUAACAAUCAAUGUUACUAUGUCUAGGAUAUCUCCUUCCUACAAAGCCAUCAUUGUUACUCCAGCAUUUGUUGUCAUUACUCUAAUAAUGGCUGCCUUUUGGUUGCCCCCACAAGCUGGCGAGAAAAUUAUCUUGAAUGCAACCACAGCGCUCAUUAUUUGCCUUUUCAUGUUGUACUUCAGCCAAAAGUUACCAGCCAUGGGAACACAUACUCCAUUAAUUGUAUUGUUCUAUACGAGUUGCCUAUACAUCGUGAGUUUUUCAAUGAUCGGAUCGGUUUUGGUGAUAACAUUAUCUAGAACCAAACAUUCCACAUCUCUCCCUUGGAUAGUAAAACAGCCGCUCACAGGGAAAAUUGGACAUUUACUAGGACUGGGUUCCUAUAUACAACAGACAUCGACAGUCAGUUUGCAAGUAACAGCUGAAGAAAUGAGAGACCAUCAAGUGACAGAUUUCGAAGAUGGCAAUAACGGCGAAGAGCACCGCAUAUUCCGUCCUGCUUCUUCUUCGUUUUCGCAUGUGAAACCGUCUAUGCAGCAGGACUGGAUUCUUUUGGCUGCAACCAUCGACAGAAUAUCGUUCAUAUUUUACUUUCUGCUUUUUACUAUUUUGUCCAUCGUUUACGCUCUCUAGGUUGAUAUAAGAUCAUCCGGAUCACCGUUUAUCAUCAAUCUGUUCCUUAUCCAGAAUUGUAGCGUUUUGAAUCUUCCCGAUGCAAAUAAACUUGAGCUGAUAUACUUACCUGUUCCUAUUGUUUCCUAUCCAGAAUAAUUAUUAAAUUCACUUGGAAUAUUCGCUGUGAAUCUGAA